AUGUCCUUGAGCGAAUUCAUCGCUGACCAAUCGUUGGGCUCUUGGGCAGAUGACGACAUCGACCUCAACUCCAUCUCUGUACCGGUUGGGAAGCGCUCUAGCUAUGAUCAUUUCGGCAACUCGUCCCACGACAGUUACUACGGAAGCAGACAUAGUCAACCUCAGGUUAGUUCGCAAUCGGGUGGACCUUUCAUCAUAAAAUUCAGCAACUUGCCGGAAACCACCACUGGUUCCUUGAUCGAGGACCUGUUCAAGUCCAGGUUCAUGCACUUUGAGAAGUGCAAGACCUUGGUGGAUCCCAAUCCUCCAGCCUCACGAUUUGGUGUGGGUCACAGCAAUUCGAAGAAAAAGUGUGCUUUUAUCCAGGUGAAUACGGCAACGGAGAUGAACAAAGUGCUGAAGUGGACUGACAUAUUUCUAGAGAGAUCGAGAGUGGAAAUCGAUGUAGCUGAUUUCGGGGAUUUCAAUGAUGUCCAGCAAUAUAACAAAAGCAUUGGUUAUGAUGAGGCCAAGGAGGAUGCCAGGCUUGCGGGAUUACGAGAAGCACCACCAAAAACUGUGCGCGAGCCUCACGCUAGACCUUUCAACGCGAGUGCACCAGCUGUUCCCGUCCAAGCUGCUCCAGUACCGUCCGGAACAGUUCAAGCUGGCUCAGUGAGAGCUGCACCAGUGAAACCAUCUAUUCACUCUGUUCCGGUCGAGUCUCCUUCGGUUGAAGCCACUCAGUCUGUGGUUGCUCCGGUUGAAGCUGCUCCCGAAACUAUUCCACAGCAACAAGCAUCCUCUCCAAAUCCACCCAAGCCCAAGCCCAAUCCAUUUGGAGCUGCCAAACCGAUUGAUGUUAAAGUUCCACCGGUGGUUGAAGAAUUGAUCCACAAUCCGAAUGCAUUCCACGAGGAGCUCAAACCUCCAGCACCAACUCAUCCCAAACCCAAUCCCUUUGGAAAUGCCAAGCCCAUUGACUUCGUGGCCAAGCAACUUGAGGUGGAGGAUAAAUUGAAGCACAUGUCCGUGAAUGCUACAACUUUUAGAUUAGGCGAUGAUCCAGAACCGGUCAUCAGUAAGCGAGCUCCCAGAGCCCCGAAACCAAAAGCCGCUUCAAAAGCUGCAGAAAAGACGGGAGGUACCUCAAAACCCCAUCCUCCGUCACCUUCAAAGAGUGCUGAAGAAAGAUCUUCAAAGAAUGGCCAUGGUAGCGUCUCGCAAUCGGAGCCUCCCAAGUCCGUUUUGAAAAGACCAAAGGAGGAUUUGACAAAAAAGGAGUCCGAUGUAGUUCCUUCAAACCACUCUGGUGAUGAUGCCACCACGAGAGCUUCUGCACUUCCUUUCGAACCCAAGCCGAAAUUUGCAAAGGAACCUAGACCAAAACCCGCGAGUGAGUUCAAAAGAGAGAGACCUCCACGCACUAAGAGGAGAAAUGGACGAGGAGAAAACUUUGAGAAGGCUGAAUUCAGGGGUGAAAAGUCCGAGAAAGGCGUUAAGUCUGAACAGAAGAGUGAAAAAGUUGAAUCGAGGGAUUCUAAGUCUGAGUCGAACGGAUCUAAGCCGGUAUCUGAGCCUAACGUCCCAGAUGAGGUGAAAGACCAAACUGAGAUCAAAUCCACACCAGCCAAGAAGUCAAGCUCUGAUGAAGGCACCAUCUCUGCUAAGGAGAGUUCCAAUCCAAGAAAGCCACGGGCAAGAAGAGAUCUUUUUUCUAAAGAGGCUCCGGAAAAUGGAGAAUGGUCACGAGACGGUGCCAAGCAUGCACCUAGACCUAGACGUGAAAGAAGAUCCACCCAUUUGUCCGAGGAUGGAAAGAAUGCUGGAUCCGAAACCGAUAAAAUCAGAGAACCUGGUUUCAAGGGACCUCGCAGGUCCGACAAACCCAAAAGUUUUUCUGAAAAGCCAAAAAGUUCUUCUGCUCCUACACGUCCCGAGUCUGCUAGAUCUGGAGACCAGGCACUAAGCGGAGGUGAUGGCCCUAAGAAUGAGGGCUCCAAGGGAAGACCUCGCGGAGGAAAGAACCGUGGUGGGCGUCGCCCAAAACCGGACUCCAAUACAGCCGAGUCUGCGGGAACACCUCCUGCCCAAGCCGUGAGCCCAGAGUAA